GGUGCAGCAUCAUAAGCACGCAGCCAGGUACGGCAGCAGUGGUCCGAGGAAAGACAACCACGCAUACCUCGGAGAUGCAGUCAUGAGUUCGCCCUUGUUUUACUUCUUGUAAUGUUUUAUUAUUGGUCCCAGUCACUUGUAUUCUUCUGUUUCAUGCCUCAGUAAAUCCACCAAUCGAAUCUUAACUGUUUAUCUCCCGUCGCUCUUCAGCCGGAGGGAUUGAACUUUCAGCAAGCAUGGCACAAAGUGACGUGGCAGCCGUGUGGAAUCCGGCGCUCAGAUCAGACAACAAUAGAACCCCCGUCCCGACUGGCCCGACUCCUCUGGAAAUAGAUACGGCCAUAGAAGCCACAACGAUUCCCCUCGGCUCCCCUAUGGAGACUCCCCAUGAGCUCUCAAUUAGCGACAUUGCUUUCCCGGACUCCGACACCGCUGUGUCCCCACAAGACGCUGUCAUCCCGGAUAUGACCGACUCCUAUUCCUUGCCGAAUCCCGAUCAAGUCGCAACCCACGAUGAAGUGCUCGAAGCUUCCUCCGAUGACAUUGAGGCGAUGCCGGAGGUGACCUAUGAUGAAGUCUCUCCGAAGUUAGAAGAACCGCAGGCGGAAGGUGGCCAUGAUAAGGAUGUGGUUGGUGAUACCGAGGGUCAAAUAGCGGAAGUCCAGCCUAUACAGCAAGAAGCACCUCUUCCAGCUGAGACCAUUGAUGCGCAGCUCUUAGGCACGGAGAUUAGCCAUGAUAGUGAUGUGGUUGGUGAUACCGAGGGUCAAAUAGCGGAAGUCCAGUCUAUACGGCAAGAAGAAGAACCUUUUUCCGCUGAGACUGUCGACACGCCGCCCUUAGACACGGAGCCUAGCAAUGAUAAGGAUGUGCUUAUUGGUGGUACCGCAGGUCAAGUGGUGGAGACCCAACCUAUGCAGGGCCAAGAAACUGUUCCAACGGAGACUACCGAUGCGCCAGCCUUGGAGACGGAACAUGGCCAUGCGAAGGAUGUGAUUAUGGAUGGUACCGAAGAGCAAGUGGUGGAAUCUCAGCCUGUACAGCAUCAGGAGGAAUCCCUUCCAACCGAGACAUCUGAAGUGCAUGCUUUGGACGCAGGGGAACAGAACAGCACACCGCACACAAUUGAGCAGGAUGCACCAGAACCCGCAGACACCAAUGGCGAGGUUCAGAGCAAUGACGGUAUCUGGGGAGGCAAUGCUAACGAGGAAGCGGAGGAGGGUGACUUUUUUGACCAGCUAAAGACACAAACAAAACCGAUCUACGUACCGGAAACCGAAUCUCGAUUUGAGGAAGGCGUUCCUUUGUUGGAUGACACCCCCGAAUCACCGGCCAAGCCAACUGAGCCAGAGAGCCAAAUCGACAAUUUCUUUGCUGGAGACGAAGACGAAGAGGAUGGCUUUUUCAAGGCCGUCCAGAGCUCUGCCCCUCCGGAAGAGUCUGAGCCAUUUGCACAUAUCACGCGCAAGAGCACGUCCCAAGUCAUGGACUCCCUCGGUGUUUCACUAGAUUCUCCGAUGAGCGAUGCGGACCCUGCUGCACAAGAGUUUGACGAUAUCCUGGCUGCUGCCGCAUCCGAAAACAAUGUGAAGAAAUCGUCUUCUGAUGAGGACUUGGCCGCCCGUUGGGAGGCCGAGCUUUCUGAAGAACCGGUGGAAGCUGCUCCCUCUGAAGACGACCUGGCUGCACGGUGGCAGAUGGAAUUGGAUGAUGAUGACGACCUACUUUUAGAGGACGAGGUCAGCCGGGGGCCUGCAGCAGAUCAGGGACCCGCUUCUCAAAGUGUCAACGGGGCUCCCCCGAGCUUAAGCAGUCCCUUUGCCACUCCGCAGAUCUCCACCGCUGCUUAUACGCCGCAUCAACCCUCUACCUCGGAUCUACUCCAAGGGGUACCCUUACCAGGUGCAGGUCCUCCGGCAAAUAUUGCAGCGUCUGCCGACUAUUUUGGGCGGCAGCCCCCGCCGAGUGCCGGCGCAAGCAAAGCAGAAAGCUUUGCUGAACGGGCGAAAGAAGGUUACAGAUCCCCAUAUGACCUUCCGGAAGAUCUUGCGCGACCCCGACGGCCUGUUGCCAGCCAUAAGCCAGUGGUUACACAACCUGGUAGUACUCCACCUCCCCCACGAAGCAAUAGCAUUCCAGUGCCUCCAGUGUCAGGCCCCCCGAUGAGCACACCCCCGAUUGGAACAUCAUCAACUGCAGCAGUGGCCGCUCCGAAGAACUUCUAUGAAGAGCUUCCCCCCCCACCUCCCCGGACGCAGUCUCGGCAGGCCUCAGGCCGGUAUACACCUGUUGCCAAUGCAGUGCCGGCUGCGGCAUCUCAUCCGCCUGCGCCGCCGGCCAAUCCAUAUGCCAGCCUUCCGGUUGCCACCACGCCGGCUGCCGAUGCCUAUACGCCCCCCCAAGUUCAGCAGCCAGAAAGACUGGAUCCGUAUGGAAGCCUGUCGGCUCCCAGUGCGCCAAGCGGUCCAUCUGCCCCGCCCACUACUUCGAGAUACUCACGGAACCCCCCUACUCUGCAAGCCGGGAUCAAGCCGCCGCCGUCACCUAGAUAUUCCCCGGCACCGCCUCCGGCCAGCGCACCUCCGACUCGCAAUCGCUAUGCUUCCCAACCAUCCAUUCCGCCCAUCCAGGGAACUGCGCUUCCGUUCCAGCCUCGCACUUCGAGCCCUCUGGCUUACCAUGAGAAGGUGUCUUACCGUCCCCAAGAGAAUAUUGACCAGCAAAUUUCCGUGGAGCCACCCGCUAGCAUCCCUCCCAUCGAGGUGCAGGAGCAGCCGAGGAGCCCUGUGGUAAACUCUCCCACUGUGGCCGGAUUUGCAGUUGAUCCAGAGACUGUGGGCGUGGAUGCCAGCGUGCAUCAAUUGUCCCAGCAACCAAUGUCUCCUCCCCGGAAUCAGUACGCUCCUCCGGACUAUGUUGACGAAUUUUCGAAACGCGUUGCCCCAAUUGGCGGCGUUCCACCAGCGCCCGUAGCACCGGCCGAUGAUUCGCCGUUUGUCCCUCCGCGCAGGUCAUUGACACAAUCUCCAGGUCAGCAAACGCUAGGCCCGAGGUUGUCUGUGCCCUCUGUCGAUCCUCUUCAAAGGCCUGCGUCUGUUCAUGGCGCUGGGUCACCCACCAAGACUGUAAAUCCCUACGCGCCAGUUCAAGUUUCGGCACACAACCGCGUCGCCUCUCAGACUCUGGAUUUCAUCCCACCCACUGAUGACCAACAGUUCGAUCCCCUUGAACGCUGGAAAGGGGCCCCGGUUGUCAAGUUUGGAUUCGGUGGCGCGGCCCUCUCCUGUUUCCCCAAACACAUACCUCGAUACUCUGCGGGCCAAGCCGCCCCGAAGAUCAAGUCUAGCCCUGGAGAGGUAAAGAUUCUUCAGCUCACCGAUUGGAUCCAUACGCCCGAUACUAUCGUGCGACACCCGGGACCUCUGAAAUCCAAGUCUAAGAAGAAGGACUUGGUUUCAUGGCUGUCCAGCAAAAUCGCUGCGUUUGAAAACGAAGGUAUUCCAGAGGGUUCUCAGUUGCAUCCAGACUUCCACAAGAGAUAUGAUGAGAAGAUAUUGUUGUGGAAGGUCGUCCGUGUCUUGGUUGAACAUGACGGUGUCUUGGAGGGAUCCCCGGAUGUUCAGAAGUCCUUGCGGCAGAUCAUAUUCCCAAACUUGCAGGACGGCGAAUCCGAACAGCCCUAUGGUGGCAACUUGCCAUCCUUUGGCACCAGUCAGCCUCUGGAUACUCCUUCUCGUCCGGAUGCCGUUGAUCCUCAAGCGAUUGAGAAUCUUCGUAACAACCUUCUCGUGGGUGAGCGUGAAAAAGCCGUCUGGGGCGCAGUGGACCACCGUCUGUGGGGACAUGCCAUGAUCCUAGCGUCCACAAUGGACAAGUCUGUCUGGAAGCAGGUCGUCCAGGAGUUUGUGCGACGCGAAGUAAGGUCUGCCUCAGAAAACACCGAAUCCCUUGCGGCUCUCUAUGAGAUCUUUGCCGGGAAUGUUGAAGAGAGCGUUGACGAGCUCGUGCCUCCCUCCGCUAGGGCUGGGUUGCAGAUGGUCAGUAAGGUCAAUGGACAGGGACCCUCGAAGAAUGCACUGGAUGGUCUCGAUAGCUGGAGAGAUACCUUGGGCCUGGUGUUGAGUAACCGCAGCCCUGAAGACCAUCAGGCACUAUUGGCCCUUGGCCGGCUUUUGUUAUCCUAUGGCCGGACUGACGCUGCGCACAUUUGCUUUAUCUUCUCUCGAGCUGCUGUAUUUGGCGGCGCGGAUGACCCGCAGGCGAGUGUGGUCCUCCUCGGGGCUGAUCAUCAACACUUGUCUUCUGCUGCGUUGCAGGAUGAGGAUUCCAUUCUGCUGACUGAAGCAUACGAAUAUGCUACAUCUGUUCUGUCGGCUUCCCCUAAGCCUGUGCUACCCCAUCUGCUUGCAUUCAAGCUGGUAUAUGCUUGGUCUCUUGCAGACCAAGGCCGCAAGUCGGAAGCUCAGCAGUAUUGCGAUGCAAUUGCCGCUACUCUGAAAGCAACCACCAAACCAUCAGCCUAUCACCACCAACACCUGUAUUUUGGAGUCGAUGAACUUUCGGCACGUCUGAGACAAACCACCAGCGACGGUGGAUCCUCCUGGAUCUCUCGACCCAGCAUGGAGAAGGUCUCUGGCUCGAUGUGGGCCAAAUUCAAUAGUUUCGUUGCUGGGGAGGAUAACGAGGGUGCAUCUGCUGGUUCCGCGAAGGCUGGCGACGGAGAUAUUGGGCCGUUUGCCAAGAUCGCCGGUACGCCUACAGUGAGCCGCUCACCUUCCAUGUCGGACAUUUACACACCGUAUGCUGCACAACCGACCUAUGGCAGUGGCUCGUCACGGUACCAGCCAAACAACCAGUAUGCCCCCACGUCUUCGCCUGAACAGUUGCGCGGCAGAUCAUCCCUCGACUCCCAGAGGUCCUCUUCAUAUGGGUUCGGGUUUGGCCAGCGACGGGGAUCGCAAGAACCUUCAACUCCGGUUGAGAGUACUAUGUAUCAAGGAGGAAUGCUCUAUAACUCUCCGCCCGCUACUGGCUACCAGUCGACCCCUCCUCAGGCUUCCUACAUGCCUCUUGCACCGGUCAAAGAAGAUCUGGCCCCUCAGCCUCAUGCCGACGCCUCAACUGCCCCAGCACACGAGACAUAUGGCAGCGGAUCUCCCUAUCAACCAGCGGGUUACGGCUCUUUUGGUCAGCCAUUUAUGAACCAGGCAUCCGAAACUGCACCUUCAGAUGCGGCUGGUUAUAUGCCCCCCACUGGGGGUGGCGGCUAUGAGCCUCCCGCUAGUGAAAGUCGCGUAGAGCCUGCAACGGCCAUGUUGGAAGAGACCAACGAGGAAGAGCCACCCAAGAAGAAAUUCUUUAUGGAUGAUGACGACGAGGAUGAUCUGGCCGCCCGUGCUGCUGCCAUCCAGAAGGCUGAAAAGGCACGCAAGGACCGUGAAGCGGAUGAAGCCUUUAGAAAGGCCGCUGAAGCGGAUGCCCAGAGACCUGCACCCGCUAAAAAGGGUUGGUUCGGAGGGUGGUUCGGUGGCGGUGCUGCCGGCGGAAAGAAGGAGGGCGAGAUAUCCAACAAACCUAUUCGGGCCAAGCUCGGCGAGGAGAACUCGUUCUACUAUGAUACCGACCUGAAGAAAUGGGUCAAUAAGAAAGACCCCGGCAGUGCUACUGCAGCCCGCGCCACACCGCCGCCGCCGCGAGCUUCGGCGCCUCCUAGCCGAACGGCCAGCGGCAGCAGUGCAGCACCACCUCCUCCGUCAGGGCCAUCCCCACUGUUGUCUGGACCUAGCAGUCGGCCACCUUCUACCACAGGGAUUCCACCUCCCCCUGGCAGUCCAGGUCCCUCUUCACUGGGCCUUCCUCCCCCGUCCCUUCAACGGUCUGUCUCUACGGGUGCCGCCAUGCCGACACCACCCAGCGGGUUGGCAGCGCCUCCCCGGCCGGCGACUUCUUUGAGCAAUGCCAGCUCCAUCGACGACCUGCUUGGGGCGCCACAGGCUCGCAAAGGCGCCGCCGCUAAGGGUAAGAAGAAGGGGCGGUAUGUUGACGUGAUGGCCAAAUAAUCGCCCUGUCCGGUCUUCCUCGGCCCGAGUGUCUGACUUGCCUGUUUUUAAUUAUUACUUUCCUAUACUCUGGUAAUGUCUAACGAAUCUCCCAUUGAACUCGGUUCUCCGUUUGCAUUGGCAUAUGAAGCGGUCCUGGCUAGAGCCUCUGCCCAAAAGUCUCGCAUGUCGUCUUCUGGGCGUUGUUCCAUGAUCACUUCUGAUUAUCAUGUAUCUUGUAUUUAUGCAUAUAUGUUUUAUUUCUUUGUUUUUUUUCCUUUGUUGUUGAGGAUGAUGUGGCCUGGAUGACGAUCUGUCAGAGGCGAGUGUACUAUACUAUAAGGCUUUGAACGAUUAAUAAUACAUGCGAUUAUGCUAUGUUAUGAG